AUGUCGUUCGUUCCAUCAGAAGUUCGACUCGAUCACACUUUUCUCAAUUGGGAUAGAGAGUGGAUUUUCCAAAGACUUCCAAAAAACGAAAUCCAAAUCCCACGUGAAUUCGAGCCUGACGUUGAAACAGAUUCAAUCCCAACUAUCGCUCGUCAACCAGCCGAUCCAAACAUCACUUGGAGCGAGACAGGAAUAGAUCAGAUUCAAAUGGGACCGAGUAUCACCGGUUCAAAAAACUAA